AAUUGUAUACUUUUAGAAUCAGAGUUCAGUAAUUGAAAAUUGGAGCGAUACCAACUGCUUAUUUUUGUUGGGAUUUCCUAUCGACAUUUUCUUAGAUGACUUUCUCAAACAAAAUUUUGCCCCAGUGAGUAGAUAGUCUGCUGCACUCUAGUGAAUGAGGUAGUAGUAUUUCAGUAAAGAAUUUCCUUGAGGAAGUGAAGGGUAGUUAAAGAAGUGAACUUUGGUCAAGUUUGUGGGAAGUAAGUUUUUCCACUCAAGCCGACGGAGGCUAUAAGUUUUCAUAGUGCUGAUCAUUUUUGGGAAAUAUAAGUGAAUGAUAUGUUUGGUUAAGUUUGUGGGAAGUAAAUUUUUCUACUCAAGCCGGCGGAGGCUACAAGUUUUCCUAGUGGUGAUCAUUUUUGGGCAAUAUAAGUGAAUGAUAUGGUAGUUAUUUGUUGUGGAAGCAAAGAAAUGAGAAAUAGGUAGCAAUAGCAUCUUCGUUUAUAUGAUUAUGUUCUAUCAUGACUUUACUUUGGGGACUGGGGUGUUUGGUAAUACUUUAGUCGACUGAAUGAAGAUUCCCUGGUGGGAUGUUGCUAGAGAUGUGGCUUACUAUAUCAGUGAAAAUGAGUACUAUAUUUUCAAAAAAGGGACGUACAAAGUCGGACGAAAAGGAUGUGACAUAAUCAUAACCAAAGAUAAAGGGGUUUCAAGGGUCCAUGCUGAAAUUAUUGUAAAUGAAAUGGUUUGCAUGGAUCAUUUAGAAAAUAUACAUUCAGAUAAUUCCUCUAAAGUUCAGAUAAGAGACUGCUCCAAGUAUGGAACCUUCAUCAGCAGAAAUCUGGACUCUAAAGAAAAAGUUCAUGAAUUUCCAAAUAAAGAAGCAACAUUGAAGGAUGGAGAUGUGGUUACAUUUGGUACUGGAAUUGCACAAUAUAGGUUUUCCUAUGUUCCCCUCAUCCUUUGCGCGUCGUCAUCCAAGCCUUCAGAGAUGAAUAAACUUAAAACCAAGAUGUUGACAAUCGGUGCCAGUGUCACUCAAGCUUGGACUUCUAAAUGCACGCAUAUGGUUAUUGAUGACUUCAACCCUAUCAAUGAUGAAAUUAUCAAUUCGAUUGUGGCUAGAAAACCCCUUGUCCGAUUUAGCUGGAUAGAGGUAGUUGCAGGAAAAACAUUUUCCACUGAGAUUCCCAGCCGUCUCUCGCAUGCUCCGACCUUGAUACUGGAAGGUGCAUCUCUCAAAGUCGCCGACUCACAAUCUCGAGAACAGUGUUUGGAAGGAUACACUUUUAUGUUGGACUCCAAGCACAAGUAUAAAUUUAAGGAGAAGAUGUGUAUGCUUUUGGAAGCUGGUGGUGCAAAAGUUGUUUACGCUGAAACUUUAGAUCAAUGCAGUCAGAAUACCAGAGAGAAUCUGGUGUGCGUGAUGCCAGCUGGAAUGACGAGCAGCAGUGGAAAUUUCAAAAAAUUCAGUUAUCUGCCUACGGUGAAUGAGAUGGAACUGAUUUCAGCCGUUGUUUCUGGACAUCUAGAUCCUUCAGUUAUGGCAUCAGCACCUGUGCUGGUCACAUCUUCAUGCUCCACAGAUGUGACGGUGGUUGCGGAUUCUGAUGUAGAAAUGGAAACUGCCACAUCAGUACGUACGUCUGCUGCAGUUAAUUUGAUAUCUUCUGCUGAAGAUGAAUGCGAAACAAAGAUGGGGAUCCACGAGACAGAACGUUCAGAAAGAAAUUGCAAAGCAGAAAAUGUUGUUCAUGUGAUAGAAUCUACGGAACACGACAGUGUAGCAAAAACAGAGGCUGGAGCAACAGAUCCUGGGAGCCCAGGAUUCUUACAUUCUAAAGGGGAAGCCCUUAAGCUUGACACACCUUAUUGGAGUUCUAUAUCAAGGGACAGAGAUGAACAUAUGACGAGGAAUGAUGAGGGGCAUCCAUCGGAUAGUGAGAAUGUGGAUAUAAUAUACAGCGAGUCUCUAAUUGUUCGAGAGUCUAACUCAGUACAAUUCGAUCAUUCUGCAAGAAAUGGCGCAGCUGCUAACUUCAAACGUUUUAGGAAGAUGAGUGUUCCAUCAGGGAACAGCUUCAGCAACCUUAUUCCGUUUUCAGAGUAUCCAUACAAAGAUUCUGACUAUGGAAACGAAGAUGUGGCUGAGUCCAUCAAAGAGGAGAAGAAGCGCAAGCAGAUGGAGGCCAUUGCAGAUGACUUAUUUAACAACGACAAGGGAAGACGACGUGCAUCUGGUACCCUUCCUUCGCUCUUUGCUCGUCGUUGAUUGUCAAGAAUUCAAAGAGCUCUCUUCUUUCUUUUGAGUCUUGUAUAAUUUUGAUUUUAUACAUUGCUAAAUGUCAAUCGAUCUUCACUGUUAUAUGGAGAGUGAAAGGCAACACGCGCACUAAUAUGAUCUUCUACCAAA